CGUAUUUCAAUAUAUUUUAAUUUUAUAUUGACUCCGUGCAGAACAUUCCCGGGAAUUCCCCUAAUUGAAAAACAAAUAAAGUGGAACCAAAGUCACUUUGAGUGGAACAAACCUUAUCAAAAUCGUAAGGACACGUCUCCCAAAUUAAAGUUUAAUGCAUUGCACCAGAGGGUUGAGAAGUGGAUUACUACUGGUAUAAAUUGAGCUAUAAGUUCGAAUAUACAGAACAGAACUGAAUUCGUGUUGCUACAUACAGAGCUGACGAAUCAAAGUACUCGAGAAAGAACUGCUUCAAGUACCGGGUACAGUGCUACGGAUUUAUCAAAGAUUGAAAGAUUAGUGUACAUCACCUGAAAAAUAGAAAACUCUAUCGUAGACUUUUAUUAUUUCACCAUCUGACAUUAGGAUUAAACAUGUUUGGUAGAAGAUCACAUGGACGUUCUCAAAUGGGCGUGUUACUAUUGAUUUUCCAAUUAUUUCAAAUUGGAAUGGACAGAAUUCCUCCAACAACUCUCGCAACCGUUGCACUAAAUGUUAUCAUUCAUUUGAUGUACAUACCAGAUUUCACAUGGCAAAGUGUUUGUAUCAGUGUGAGAGAAGUUUGGUAUGCUCGUGACUAUUCUAGACUGCUGAAAGGUGCAUUUUUCCAUGGUGAUGACUGGCAUUUGUAUUUCAACAUGAUAUCAUUUUUAUAUAAAGGAUUAUACUUGGAACGCAUUGUUGGUUCUGCUUGGUUUUUAUACAUGAUCGGAGUAUUUACUAUAUGUACAAAUUUGAUAUUGCUCUAUUUGAAUUAUGCGUUGGCAUAUCUUCUUAGCGACAUGUCAUAUCUUCAUCAAUGUGCUAUUGGAUUUUCUGGAGUAGUUUUUGCUGUCAAAGUUGUCACUACUUACAUGGCGCCAACUGGCACAGAACGACUCAUGGGUUUCAUUCCAGUUAAUUCUAGAUAUGCAUGCUGGUUUGAGCUGGUACUGAUUCAGUUAAUUGUACCCAAUGCCUCAUUUACUGGCCAUCUUGCUGGUAUUCUUGUUGGACUUGCAUAUGUAAAAGGACCAUUGAAAUGGAUCAUGGAACUGCCAGUUAGUCCAUUUCGUAUGAUAUCAAAUAGGAGUCGCCAGCCUACAUACAGGUAUCAUUCAGGGACAACACGUGGGGCCGAUGAUAAUGACUAUGACAGAUAUACAGGUGGUAUGGAUGAGAGUGAACAAAUUAGAAAAGCAAUGGAGGAAAGCAUGCGAACUGGACACAACCGGAUAUAUCCAGAUUUAGACGGUCCUGGGUAUGUGCAUCCAACAGCCCCACCUGAUCAUUUUGAAUCAACUGCUCCACCUUAUGGGUGGAAUAUUCAGUCAGAAGACUCGCAUCAAGAAGAACUUCGCAGGAGAAGGCUUGCUAGAUUCGAUAGAUAACAAUAUUUCUUUGAAAAAUACGAAACUCCACAUGUCACAUAGUGUGCAAUGAUCUGUUGGAAACAUAUUUUUCAUAGCUGAUUGAAUAGUUUGGUUUAUAUUUUGUGGUAGCCACAAAUAGAAAUCGUUUGUGGUUCAAAAAAUGUCAAGUCACUAAUUCUAUUCUGUUAUUGUUGGCUUUUUGUAGGAAUAUUAUAAUUCUAUGAAGCUCCAAUAGUUAACUGACAUUACACCAUCAUAUAAUUGUUAAUAUUAUUUCUCACCAAUCUUGCAAGCGGGACAAUGUGUAUGUUAUAUCUUAUAAAAUUUAUUUACACCAGAAUUUUAAUCGUAUAUCACAAGUAAUGCUGCACCAGUCAACCAUAAAAGCACUACCUAUUGUACAGUAUUCUCUUUUUCAUUCUUCAAUUUUUACUUCUGUCACUGCAAUAAAUUGCUUCUCAAGCCUA